UUUCAGUUUUUGUGCUUUGUUUCUCUCUCCCUCCCUCCCUCCCUCCCUCCCUCCCUCUCUCUCUCUUAUAUAAACAAGUUUAUGGCUACCGUACUCCAUAGAGCUACGUUUGGUUCUGUCGUUUACUCGUAUUUCCUACGUUGUUUCGGAAAUCCCGAUAAUCAUAAUCAUCAUCAUCGUCAUCAAAAUCAUUACAACAGCUUCAAUCGUAUCCUCUUCAACAUGCCAAAGCCCAAACCCCUUUCCUUGCAGACUGUUGAGCUAAAAGUCAGGAUGUGCUGCAGUGGCUGUGAACGGGUCGUUAAAGAUGCGAUCUACAAACUUAGAGGAGUUGAUUCAGUUGAGGUGAACUUGGAGCUGGAGAAGGUGACGGUGAUUGGAUAUGUCGAUCGAAACAAGGUGUUGAAGGCGGUUCGAAGGGCCGGGAAGAGAGCAGAGUUUUGGCCGUACCCAGAGCCACCGUUAUACUUCACAUCUGCUGCUGAUUACUUUAAAGAUACGACUCGUGAGUUCAAAGAGAGCUAUAACUAUUACAGGCAUGGGUAUAAUAUCGGAGAGAAGCACGGAACGAUUCCGAUAUCUCAUCGGGGUGACGACAAAGUGAGCAACAUGUUCAAUGAUGACAAUGUCAAUGCUUGUAAUGUCAUGUAAAUAUAUGAUGAUAUAUGAAUGUGAGUCCUAGCUUUUAAGUGUAUCUUGGAAUUUUAAGGGUUGAUAAUUUCAUAUGUUGUUUCUAAGUCAUCAGUAAAGUGUGUAAAAUGCAGUUUAAUUGUUCCUUUCUUUUUCCUUGUAUUUGUAAGCAUGAGUUUAUAUUAUUAUAACCACGUUUAUGUUA